CGGCCAACAUUGUACUCCACCCGCAUAUUCUCUUGCCCCCCAGACGCCAUGGCUACUGAAGUCGCACUCGAAACCACUGUCGGCCUCAUCACCGUCGAACUCUACAAUGACCAUGCGCCCAAGACGUGCAAGAACUUCGCUACACUUGCCCAGCGCAACUACUUCAACGACUUAAUAUUCCAUCGUAUCAUACCAAACUUCAUGAUUCAGGGUGGUGACCCUACCGGUACUGGUCGCGGCGGCGAGUCGAUCUACGGCGAGAAGUUCGAGGACGAGAUUUCCUCGGCUCUGAAGCACACUGGCGCUGGCAUUCUCAGUAUGGCCAACUCCGGCCCCAACACCAACGGAUCGCAAUUCUUCAUUACGCUGGCGCCGACGCCUUGGUUGGACGGCAAGCACACGAUCUUUGGGCGCGUCAAGAGUGGCAUGCAGGCGGUCAAGAAGCUCGGGCUUGUUAGAACAGACCGCGAAGACAAGCCGGUGGAGGAAGUUAAGAUAUUGAAGGCAUACAUCAUCAAGGAGUAGAGUUGAAGAGA